CCAGACUCCAGCACAUUGACCCACAGAGCACUCUCACACCACUCUCACAUCCUCAUCGGUGCUGAAAGAUCAAACAACCGCCAAGAUGAUGACGAAAGCCGCGCUCCUGCUGUCCGCUCUGACGCUCUGCUGCUGCAUCGCCUCUCUGCAAGCUUUUCCGAGGGAGCGCUGUAUGUGCAUCCGGACCAUCUCUUCUCCCAUGCCUCUCGGAAUCAUCAAGAGAAUCGAGGUGAAUCCCAUUUCAGGACUCUGCCGACGAACUGAAAUCAUAGUCACCAGAAGGAACGGCUCUCAAGUUUGUGUGAACCCAGCGGCGAACUGGGUCAACGUACUGAUCAGCAAUCUGCAAAGGAAACAGAAGAUCUUCAACUCCCUGAAUGAUUCUUCAGCUCACUGACAGCUUUCUAAUCCUCGUUUAGCUUUACAUGUCAACAGAGAAAUGGACAAAUGUUUGUGAUUGAGAGGCAUUGUUACCUUUUUUCUGUCUUUAUUUACAUGGGAAUGUGUCUAUUGUCUCCCUCUGUCCCUGAAAACAAAUACAAACAAAUGAAGCCAUUAUUUUCUCGGCCCCAUGCCAUGGCAAAGUGUCUUAACUGAUAUUUCAAUACAAAAAUAGACCUGAAAAUAAACAAAAUAGGGCCCCAUUUAAUAGGAUAAUGGUAAUAAAAACUUAACUUGCAUCAUAUAACGCUGUAUAUUUCCCCACUCGGGUAUCAUGUCCACCCUGAUCACAAUACAACAUUUAGCCACUGGGUUUAAUUGCCUUCUGAAUAAUUGUAUUGAGUUAUUUAGCUUGUCUUGUUUUAAUUACAGUCAAGAUGGGAACUCCGGCUCAACCACUGUGUCACCCAACGCUUCCACAAACAACUUCUGAUCACAAUCUGUGGCAACAUGUGACAUAACAAUGGCUUCAAUUAAAUGUAUCAAGCUGUGAAUUAAGAUGGGAGGGCUGAGAUAUGUCCAGCUUUAAAAACUACCUAAUGAUUCAAAUGAUUCAACACUUUCAUUAAAAAUUCUUCUUUUGCCUUUCUUGUGUUGCCUUUUUCGGAAAAUGUCAAUAAACAAUCUGUCUUACUUAUUUCUCAGAUGCCUGAAGUACUGACAGUUGAUAGUACUUCACUUUAACGGGGCUGCUUUACUCCCAUGUUAUAUACAUUUUAAUGUGGAUUUCAUUAUUGCUGUAUGGAUACUCAGAUUCUAAAAUAUAUAAAUGUUGCUAUUUCUUUUUUUUAAAACCAUAACUCUGUACUGUGAAGUAAUUCUGUGAUGGUUUUAUUACAAAAUCAAUAGAAUGCAAAGAAUGCUUUCCUGUAAAUGUGAAUACACAAUGAUGCUGGGCUGGUACUGUAACCUGUCAUUUUAGUGUUGUGUUAUCAUUACUUGUCUUCUUAUAAAGAAUAAAAGAAGAGAAAAAGGCCA